UGUCCUUCCCUCAGUCUGGGUUGUUGCCGCCUCCUGGAGAAACGGAAGGAACUCAGAUGCUGGUCACCUUUGAAGAUGUGGUGAUUUACUUCUCAAAGGAGGAAUGGGCUCUGCUGGACCCAAACCAGAAAGCCUUGUACAGAGAAGUCACAUGGGAAAAUUAUGGGACUUUGGCCUCACUGGGGUAUCCAGUUCCCAGGCCUGACAUCAUUUGCAGGCUGGAAGAUGGAGAAGAACUGUGGGUGCUGGAUUCUCGGAACUUGGAUGUGACAGAGAUCACCAGCAUAAGUACAGGUGGUUUGAGGACAAAGAUCACAUGCCCAGAGUGUGGCAAAUGUUUUACUAAGCAAUGUAAUCUUGCCAGACACAAGCAAGUCCAUGUGGCAAAGAAACCAUAUGAAUGCCUGGAGUGUGGGAAAGGUUUUGCUCAACAGCCACAGUUUCUGAAACACCAGCAAAGCCACAGCCAAGAGAAACCCUAUACCUGUGAGGAAUGUGGGAAAUGUUUUGCACAUCGUUCUGUGUUUAUGACCCACCAAAGAGUUCACACAGGAGAGAAGCCCUAUAAAUGCCUCAAAUGUGGGAAGUGUUUGGCACUGCAAGGAGAUCUUGUGAGACAUCAGCGACUUCACACAGGAGAGAGACCCUACAAAUGCUCAGAGUGUGGCAAAAGUUUUGCUCGCCAUUCAAACCUUGUGAACCACCAGAGAGUUCACACUGGAGAGAAACCAUAUAAGUGCCUGGAAUGUGGGAAGUGUUUUGCCUGCCAUUCACAUCUUGUGAGUCACCACAGAAUCCACACAGGAGAGAAGCCCUAUAAAUGUUUGGUGUGUAGGAAAAGUUUUGCUGAAAGAUCUACCUUUGUAAAACACCAGAGAGUCCACACAGGGGAGAAGCCAUAUCAGUGCCUAGAGUGUGGGAAGUGUUUCGCUCAACAUUCCAACAUUGUGAAACACCAGAGAAUCCAUACAGGAGAGAAGCCCUUUAAAUGCAUGGAGUGUGGGAAAUGUUUUACACGGCGCUCGUAUCUGAUGAUCCACCAAAGUGUCCACACAGGAGAAAAGCUUUAUAAAUGCCUAGACUGUGGCAAAGGUUUUGCUCAGAACUCAACUUUGGUGCAACAUAUGAGAGUCCACACAGGAGAGAAGCCUUUCAAAUGCCUGGAAUGUGAAAGGUGUUUUGCUGAGAACUCUAGCCUUGUGAAACACAGGAGGACCCACACAGGAGAGAAGCCGUAUCAGUGCCUGGAGUGCGGAAGACAUUUUGCUGACGUCUCAGGCCUGGUGAAACAUAAGCGAGUCCACACAGGAGAGAGGCCUUACAAAUGCCUGGAAUGUGGGAAAUGUUUUACUCAGAAUUCAACUUUGGCCCAGCAUAAGAGACUCCAUACUGGAGAGAAGCCUUAUGAAUGCCUGGAUUGUGGAAAAUGUUUUGCUGAAAACUCAAGCCUUGUGAAACACAGGAGAGUCCACACAGGAGAGAAGCCCUAUCGGUGCUUAGAGUGUGGGAGAUGUUUUGCUGACAAUUCUGCCUUUGUGAAGCACAAAAGAGUCCACACAGGAGAAAAUGCCUAUACAUGCCUAGAAUGUGGGGAGUGUUUCUCUCAACAGUCAGCCUUUGUGAGUCAUCAAAGAAUUCACUCAGUUGUAGACACUGUGAAGUUAUAAAAAAGACAGAGAGGUGAGAUAGGGACUUAGGACCUUAAAGCUACCAAAGCAGUUCCCAGGCAUGCAAGUGUAUAUUUACCAUCACUGACCCCACUCUGGUCAA